AUGUCGGAUGAAACCUCGGCCAGAGAGGCCCAGGUGGAAGCCGUGCACGAAGUGUUGAAAUCGAUUCUGGAACCCUGUGAUUGGACUGCCAUACGGGCAGACGAGGCCAAAGUGUUGGUCCCUCUCACGGAGGCCUCCGUCCUGGCAGGAGGCGUGUUCGAACGGAUGGUUAUCUCGAUGUUUGCCAAAGUGGAGCUGGACGACGCCUUCUUGAAGGUGAACAACGAUCGCGGGCUCCUGGUCCUUGGGGCUGUGAAACCAGACCCGCAGCCGAAAGGCCGAUCAAAGAAAGUGCUCAAGAAAGAAAUCCAAGAGGCUGAGUCGGGGAGCACGACAGCAGAUAUCGGAGAAGUCGGAGAAGCAGUGCACGUGCCUGGCUUCACCUCCGAAAGCCUGGGCGACAGCGUGGACGGCGAGGGCGAGCCGACUGAAGAGGACCCAGUGGCCCCAGCAUCGACGGACAUGCCAGAUGUGUCGAUGGAGGAUUCGCAAAUCCCUUCGCCAGCGCCAGCAUCCCCGCCACCGGAGAAGGAUGAUAAGAAGUUGCUGGACAAGAGUGCGGUGCCAGCACCGCAGAAGGCGUUGCACGAGCAACUAAAGGCAUUGCAGUGCCCAGACGCAGACCUGACGGUGUUGCAGCAGCAACAGCAGCUGAAGAAGAACGCCAGAGAGGAAAAGGCUGCCAAGGUGCUGGCACGUGCCGCCGGCAAGGGUGGAGGUCGUGGGAAAAAAAAGAGCGGCACAAGCGAUGCUGCAGGCGUAGUGCCCGAAGGCGAGCAAGCAGACACGGAGCCCAGCCACACAGAGAAUCCGGAGACAGGUGUGCCAAACGAAGACCAAACCGACGAGCCCGGCCACACAGAGAAUCCGCAGACAGACCAAGACCAAACCGAGGAGCCCGGCCACGAGAAUCCGGAGACAGGCGUGCCAGACGAAGACCAAACCAAGGAGUCCGGCAACGCGGGGAAGCCUAAGCCCAAAGGCCCAAAACGGGCUCAGGCGACUGCCGAAAACAGUGGCGAAGCAAAGAAGCAGAAGACCACGAAGGAGACCCGGACCGUUGCGGACGUGCACAAAGAUCUCUACAAGAUGAACAACAUUGGCCUAAGAAUGCCCACAGCCGCGGAGCUCAAGCAGAAGUCCUAUACGAUUCAUGAUCCCAGCCAUUUGGGAAGCGGUGUGCAAGUCCUCCCCAACCACAACGGGUUCUACGUGCUCCACAUGAAGCAGCAGCAAUGGUUCGUGGACGUCGCAAAAGCGCACUUAAUCCAGGCCAAUGAAUGCAAGAAAGGCUGUGCAGUCAACUGGCAGAAACAUGGGAUGGACUACGGUUGGAGGCUGUCCAUGGUGUUGGCGGGCUGGUUCGAGAGGCCACAAGGGCUGGAUCCAAGUGACACAACGGCUAUCCGAGAGUAUAUCUCCAAGGGCGGCGGUGCCUUGCAGAUCAGGGUUGCGAGCUGCUUCGUGAUGGAUGCACGCGUUUAUCCGCUCUCUUUGAGUGGCUCUGCUGCGGCUAUGCUGUUGGCAUUGGGAGUACCAACGAUCCUGUUGCAGGCCGCCCACUAUGUUGCGACCAUUGCGGACGAGCAGCACUGUCGAGACGAUUUGAUGAUCCUCGAAGCCUUCUCUGGGGUUGGCCGUGUUGCUGCUUCUUUCGAAGAGCAGGGGUCAACAUUCGACGUGCUCACGUCGCCCUUCGAGGAGAACAUCCUGUCCACGGUGGGGCUCCUCAAUCUCUUGAAGAAAACGCUUCGAAUCCGGGAAGCACGAGGACCCCAGCUGAACAUCGGUAUGAUCACCAAUGCAGUGCAGAACCUCGAGUUUCCAUGCUGGGCCGCUGCUGGUCUAGAGGACUUGCAGUCCUUUCUGAUUGCCGAAGCAAUUCGGGGUCAUUGGGCAAUGGUCGAUAAAGCUUUGCAGCAACAUGGGAAGAAGGAUAAGCCUGACGGUAGUGCCAGCGACCCUCGCCCGUUGGCAACACCGGCCCGACCUCCCAUCAAGACCCCGGUGAUCGAGACCCCGCCAGCAGCCCCAGCAGCGCCGGGACCGAGCCCUAUGUCCACCGAAAGCAUCAAGACCCCUGCAGCAGCCCCAACAGCACCGGGACCGAGCCCUAUGUCCACCGGAAGCAUCAAGACCCCGGCAGCAGCCCCAGCAGCACCGGGACCGAGCCCUAUGUCCACCGGAAACAUCAAGUCCCCGGAUGCCAAGCGGCAUCGCAGCGUGUCAUCCCUGUCCUUGACUGCAAGCGAAGUCCCAAGGCUUCCUAGCUUUUCAGAGUCCUCUACCAAGCCCCGACAUUCCGAUUCCUCGACUACGAUUAGCUUGAAUCAGUAUAUGGCGGAGCUGAGCCUCGACAAAGGACUAUCCCAAGAUCUCGCCGGCACCCAGCUAGAGGAGGAGACCAAGGGGUCACAACUCUUCUGUGGCGUUGCCUGCUUCUUGAAGUCUGUGGAGACGCCAACGACAGCGGCUGUUGAGACGGCCGCACAUUCAGAGCCCGAUCCCGAGUCGGCACCGGCAGCCAAGGCCACCCAGGCCGAAGUGGAAACGCAGUUGGAUCCUGUGCCUACCGCUGCCGUACCGCCCCGUGUGGAGGUGGAACAGCCAGCUUCGAAGGCCAGUGUUUCGUUCACUGCAGAAGGCACAACCGCCACUGCAGAGGCCGAUGCUUCAAGCGGACAUGUGCGAGUCGCAGCGAGCUGCUCGCCCUUUUCAGCGAAGGCAUCGGUUGAGGGGACGGAGAAGUCGGCGGAGGGCCAGCCAAAGUCGGCUAACCGCCCGGACGAGCUGGAGAUGCAUCUUGAACGACUGCUGGACGAGCAGGAUGAGGUGGAGGCAGCGCAGCACCGAGCUGAGCAGCGAGCCCAGGCUCUUCAAAGCCUCCUUGCGGCGCUGCUGCAACAACCGGCAGAGUUGAGUGGAGCUCGAUCGGGCUUUAUCCGAGACAUGCUGCGCAGACCCGCCACCUGCGAUAUUGAGGCCAUGACCCGGCAGCUGGAGCAUCAAGUGGAGACCGGGCCAGAGUCGGCCGGGCCAGUUGUGCACAUGCAGGAUGUCAAGACGGAGUUCGUGGAGCCGGCAGAUCUGCCAGAGAAGACCCAAAAGGAAGGUGUGCCAGCGGAGAGCUCAACGAAGGAGUCAGUGCCAGCAGGUGUGCCAGCAGAUGUGCCAGCGGAGAGCUCGACCAAGGAGUCAGUGCCAGCAGGUGCCGUGGAGACCUCGACGAAGGAGUCAGUGCCAGCAGGUGCCGUGGAGACCGAGACAAAGGAGUCAGCGCCAGCAGGUGUCAAGGUGGAGACUUCGACGAAGGAGUCAGUGCCAGCAAGUGUCAAGGUGGAGACCGAGACGAAGGAGUCAGUGCCACCAGGCAAGGCGGAGACCGAGACGAAGGAGUCAGUGCCACCAGGCAAGGUGGAGACCGACACAGCCGUGGAGCCACGCGUGACACCCAAGCCGAAGCCAAAUCGGGAGGAGGAGACCGAAGAGGAACGCAAGGCUCGCGAGGCCCACAACUCGUACAUGCGUUGCUUUCGCAGCUUGCGCUCUCUGGCUGGACAUUUAUGA